UGCCGGCUCAGUCGUUGUGCGGGAGUGGUCAACGAGGGAUGUGUGGUGUCGUAACGAGUGAUUAAAAAAAAAAAGGGGAAAAAUAUCCAAAAAAAAAAAUAAUAAAUUAGAGAAACCAGAGCAGCGGCAUUGUACCAUCAAAUAAAAAAUCGUUAGUUUUUUUUUCAAGAACAUUUUGUCGUUCCCAGUUGUAUCGCAAGACUGUGGGCGUAACAUAAUUGGUCGGUAACACCGAGGAAUAUUCCUGUGAACGUGGAGUAAUUUUUUUUAUUUUUUUUAGAGUAAAAGACGUUUUAUUCUAGUCGGUAUAGAGGACAACUCGACCAAAAAUUCAUCUCUCUUGUGAUUGGAGAGUGAGAGACUCAAUAGCGAUAUUUAUUUAAGUAUUUAUUGUACAAAGGAUUUUUAAAAAUAGCCGACACAAUGUCUGUGGACAAAGAGGAAUUGGUGCAGCGUGCGAAGCUCGCUGAGCAGGCAGAGAGGUACGAUGACAUGGCUGCUGCUAUGAAAGCAGUCACCGAAACGGGGGUUGAAUUAUCGAACGAGGAGAGAAACUUACUCUCGGUCGCCUACAAGAAUGUUGUUGGAGCGAGACGCAGCUCGUGGCGAGUAAUAUCAUCGAUUGAGCAAAAGACCGAGGGAUCAGAGCGCAAACAGCAGAUGGCAAAGGAAUAUCGGGAAAAAGUUGAGAAGGAACUGCGUGAAAUUUGCUACGAUGUUCUGGGUCUUCUGGACAAGUAUCUGAUCCCCAAGGCCAGCAAUGCCGAGAGCAAAGUAUUCUACCUCAAGAUGAAGGGUGACUACUACAGGUAUCUCGCGGAAGUAGCAACUGGCGAAACCAGAAAUGCGGUGGUCGAGGACUCACAGAAGGCAUAUCAGGAAGCUUUUGACAUUGCCAAGGCGAAAAUGCAGCCUACACAUCCCAUAAGGCUCGGUCUUGCCCUCAACUUCUCAGUUUUUUAUUACGAAAUCAUAAAUUCCCCGGCGAGGGCUUGCCACUUGGCAAAGCAGGCAUUCGACGAUGCGAUCGCCGAAUUGGACACAUUAAAUGAGGACAGCUACAAGGAUUCCACACUGAUCAUGCAGCUGUUGCGUGACAACCUCACUCUCUGGACCAGUGACACGCAGGGCGAUGGGGACGAACCACAGGAGACUGGCGACAACUAACCCUCCUAAGAUUAAGUCCUAAUCCCCCUUUCUUAAACCUAAUAAGAAACAAAAAAAAACAACCAUCCUAUUCUCUAUCGUUCCCCCACUCUCUCCCUUCCCGUUUUUCUUCGAAAAAAAAAAAAAAGAA